AAUGUGAUUUGUUGUCGUCGAUUCCUUAAGAAUGAGUCGUCCUGAAUACUUAGCUCCUCCAGAAAUUUAUUAUGAUGAUCAACAAGCUAAAAAGUAUCUAACGAAUACACGAAUAAAUGAAGUUCAGAGGAGUCUUACUGAAAGAGCGUUAGAGUUGCUUUGUCUACGGCCCAAUCAAAAGAGUUUGUUACUCGACUUGGGUUGUGGCUCUGGUCUUAGUGGUGACGUUAUAACAGAGGAGGGUCAUGAGUGGGUAGGCUUUGAUAUCUCUCAAGCUAUGUUGGAUACAGCCAGUUCUAGAGAUGUUGAAGGUGAUUUGGUGUUGCUUGACUUGGGACAAGGACUUCCACUGAGAACAGGUAUUUUUGACGGUGCUAUAAGUGUUUCAGCCAUCCAGUGGCUUUGUAACGCGGACAAAACCUCUUAUGAACCUAGAAAGCGAAUGUCUUCUUUUUUCAAUUCACUUUAUGCUUGUCUGAUUCGAGGUUCAAGAGCGGUUUUACAGUUUUAUCCUGAUUCUUCUGACCAAGUAGAUCUUUUAUUGACUGCAGCUCAGAAAGCAGGUUUUUCAGGAGGGUUGGUAGUUGACUUUCCAAAUAGCACAAGAGCGAAGAAGUUUUUCUUAUGCCUAACAGCAGGACCUCCUUCUUCUUCCCUUGCAACGAAUGAUAAGCGUGUAAAUAAUUAUGAAACAAGCAAAGGAAAGAAGAGGAAUAAUGGUAUUUCAUUGAGGUCUAAGAUAUUAGCAAAGAAAGAGCGUCAAAGACGUCAAGGACGAGAAGUUCGACCUGAUUCCAAAUAUACUGGAAGGAAACGCUCUGGAAAGCUUCGUUAAGGUCUCUAUUCUCUAUUAGUUGAAGAG